AUGGACGUCCUCGGCAGCCUCAGCAGCGUGCAGAACUACGCGAACUCCCUCAGGUCCACCCAGAUCAGGCAUCCCGGAGAGUUCUUCGACUACCAGCGCGUCUCCCGCCCCAAAGACACCCAGGAGUAUCUCAAGCGCGCCAGCUACAAUGUUCGCUACUUUUCCGCCAACUAUGCCAUCGUAAUCUCUCUCCUGGCAGUCUACAGUCUCAUCACAAAUCCUCUCCUCCUCAUCUCUCUCGGAUUUCUCAUCGGUGGUUUCCUUGCCAUUAACCGCUUCGUACCUGAGCCCAUCCAGUUCAAUGGCAAGACCAUCACCCCUCAAAACCUCUAUGUCGGUCUUUUCGUGAUCGGCAUUCCCCUGCUGUGGUUUGCGGCCCCCAUCUCUACAUUCUUCUGGCUUGUUGGAAGCUCUGGAUGUCUUGUUGGCGCCCAUGCCGGUCUUUUGGAGCCUGGAGUCGAGUCGUGA